AUGAGGUCGUUCAAGCUUAUUCGCCUCUGGCUCCGCUUAUUGCUCGUUCUCUUGGCUACUCAAAUGGUAGUCACGGUUCGUCUAGACAACACUAAUGAAGCUAAAGUGGACGAGGAUGAUAUUCCCGGUACCGAUGAUGCAUUCAGAGCUUACAUGAAAAAUGCGACAAAUACCUUCUGCACUUGUGGAAUUAGUGUACUUCAGCGACGAUUCUGCAAUAAUGACUUCGCCAUUGUUGCUCGAAAGGUGGGUCCAAGUACGCGGUUCGUAGAAGAUCCAGAGUACGUGGGUAUGAAAUAUGCAGGGGUUGUCAUCCCAGUUGCCGUUGAUCAGGUAUUCAGGGGACCAAUGAAGGUAAACACGACUGUUAGCCUUCGUUACGUAAUGGGAUCAUUUUGUGGCGUAGAUCGUAACUCGAUUCCCGAAGAUGGUCAACGAUUUCUGAUUACUGGAUUUCAAUAUAAAUUUUUGAAACGUAAGAAAACAACUGGCGAACCUGAGGGAAUGGAACUAUUUUUAGUAACUUCUUGCAGCGAUUCAAUGAAAUUGGAAACACUGUCAGUAACUCAAACUGCCGGUGUGUUCCUAAAUCACUACUGCGGUGACACGUCUAUCACGAACCCCACAGUGUACCUGACUCAGAAUAAACCCAAAGACACCAGUACUUGCUAUUUCCACUUUUCCCAAGCAAAGUGCUUUAACAACGUGUUGGCAAAAAUACCGGUGGAACUGCGUGAAAUGGUCAAGGCUCACAAUGCCGCAGGUGUCUCCGACCAAGAUUUGUUUUACAAUUGCCUUUUCCAUGUAAAUCUUCCUCCCCCGUAA